UAUCCAUUCUCAGUUCAAAUAUGAAGAUAUUUUUGUGUUUGUGUGGGAAGCACACAUUGGAUGUACAGCAAUGAUAAAGAAAACACGAAUUACAAAGACAAGGAAUGUAAAGGUAUUCUGUAUAGUGGGGGUAGGGAAGAGGAUUAAUCCAGUGAGUAUGUAAAAGCCUUGGCUGCAUUUCCAGUGUGUUUUUGGAGCACAGCUGUCCAUUGCACACUCACCGUCACUCUCUGCACUGUGCAACUGUACUGUUGUAUGUGGUGAUAGAUGUGAUAGAUGAGUGAAUGAAGAAAGCAUAAAGGGAGGGAAAGAGCAAAACAAACAAGAAGAGAACGAGAGAGAAAGAGAGAGAGAGAGAGAGAGAGAGAGAGAGAGAGAGAGAUCUCCAUUCUCAUACUGUACCUCCACUUUGCCAUACACAGUGGACUAACCCUGGACACACUAAGCGGAGGAGUGGUCUAGGAGCCAUGACAGGAGGUUUGUUCCUCACACUGUCCACCUUGUUACUGGUCCAGGCUGUUUCCUCCUGCCCUAAGGAGUGCUGGUGUGACAGUCAUGCUAAGGUGGUGGACUGCAGAGGACGAGGCUUGUAUGACAUUCCGCAUAAACUCCAUCCAGACACUCUGGAGCUACAUCUUCAGGACAACCAUAUCCGAGGCAUCGGUUCCAUGGCUUUUCGGGAAACACCAUAUCUCCGAGUUCUGGAUCUGGCCAACAACAGCAUCACUAUGGUUUCUCCCAGUGCCCUACUAGGGCUUAGGAGCUUAAAGACCCUCAUCCUGGCCAACAACUCUAUCCGGGAAGUGGAUCGCCGUUUAUUGGGCUCAAUACGCAAUCUAACCCACUUGGACCUGUCUCACAACAACAUAGGAGGGCUGCCUGGAGCACUAGCCGAUAGUUUUCACCAUCUAACACACUUUUCAUUGCAGUAUAACCGGCUGACCAAGCUGGAUCGCACUCACCUGGAUGCCCUUGGGAGCCUGCAGGUGCUGCACCUGACAAGUAACCCCUGGAAGUGUGAUUGUCACAUAAUAGGGCUAAAGCUAUGGUUGGAAAUGUUCAUGUAUAAAGGUGGGGUGGUGGAUGGCGUUCCGUGUCAUGAGCCACAUGCUAUGCUUAACCGUGACCUCCGCCAUGUGCCCUAUGAGCUCUUCCACACCUGCAUGAGCACCAGUUAUAGCUACUUGUUUGCCAACAUCCAGCACAUGGAGAGACAGCAGCGAUUGCUUCAUGGUGCCCCGUACCCAAGCCUGGAUGCUCCACUUGAUCAGGAACCUGAGUGCGAACCCAAGCCAAAACCACGACCCAUCAACCUGCGUCAUGCCAUAGCUACAGUGAUCAUCACUGGCAUAGUGUGUGGAGUUGUGUGUCUCAUGAUGCUGGCUGCUGCUGUGUACGGGUGUGCCUAUGCUGCCAUCAUGGCUAAAUACCAGCGGGAGCUAAAGAAACAGGAAGAUGAGAGAGAGAACACAGACAGGGAAAGGGAGAAAGAGCUGCUGGAAAAUGCCAUAGCAUGAAAAAGAGUAUUAGAGAGAGAGAGAUGCAAUAAUACUCAUACCUCACCCAGGGAUAUUACAUAACCAAGCCCUUUUGCAUAGCAAACUCUUAAAAUAUUAAGAUAGAGUUAUACUGCUUAGGGAUCUGGAUGGCUUUUAUUACAUUCAUAGGAUUUAUCACAAGUAUUGCGAUAUCUUCUCAGAUGGACAAACGGUAACUUGAUUUCUGUUUUGUCAUCUACUGUUCACUCAUUCCAUACAGUAUAUUGUCCUCUCUAAAGGGCAAGUUGAACAGGAGAGAAGAGACAUGUUCUAUAAUGCAGUAUAGCCACAGUACAGUCAAAAAUGAAAAUUAUAUUGGCAUCCUUAAUGAAAAUGGACAAAAUGAGUGUGUUAAAUAAGCAUUUUACAAAAUGAUGCAAAUCUUCCAUUCAAAGAAAUAGAGAAAGAAACUACCUCUGACAAUAA